GUAAAUUGUGCUUGUCAGAGCCCUCAGUCGUAUGUAGCGAGAAGCGAGGACUCUAACCAAUAGAGUGAAGGAGGCUUGGCUAACCUUAGCCUCCCAUUUUCUCUCUCCCCCCUCGAUGCAGGGUUCUGACCAGUCAGUCGCCUUUGAUUAUCAGUUGCCAGCAGCCCCUCUCUUGGCUCCUUGACACGAGCACCAUAUAAGGCGCAGCGAUCUCCAUAGAAACGUGUCAGUUUCAAUAGUAGUGUCAAAGUUCACUAUAUACAGACAUUCGCGCAGAUCUCCGUUUCGGAAACAUUGCUCCGCUUGUACUCCCGUUAAAACGCAUUCUUUUUUGGGUCUCUGCUUCUUACAUAUUCCAUUAGUUGUUGUUUUUUUCUUUUUUUUAUCAUUGCUCUGUUCCUACUGGAGAGGUGAAACUACAUAGGCACUCGGGCGACGUUUUUUCUUUUUUUCUUUUGCUGGACCAGAUGAGCUUUAUUCAUGAACAUAGAUAGAGAAAUCCGUUCUUCAGUGUUUCCUCCUCUCCAGCCGCGAAGACGGAGAGAGGAGCAAGGAAGAAAAAAGAGGGGAAUUUAUUUUGCACAGCACUUUGGAUCUCCGGUCCACCAGAAAGCUAUUAUUUUUGCUUCAACGUGAAGAUUUUUAUUGCGGUAUUUUUUAGGAAAACCGAUUUUUUUAUUACGUCUGGGAUCGCUUUCUCUCUUCACGAUUGGGCUCCCGAAUGGCUGACUGCAAUUUACCUUGGAACUGGCCUCCCGACAAUUGCAUAUCCUGAUCGGGUGCCUUUCUAUCGACUCCGGUAUUUUGAAUGUAUUGAUCGUUUUCUGCUUCUACUUUUUUUCCUAUGAGAUUGAGUGCUCCGGUCUGAAUUCGCGCUGCCGUUCGUCCAAGACUUCCCUUUUCCCUGCUCCGAUAUCCGAGCGACCAGUUCGCUUGAAAGCACUUUUCGGGCCCGAGAUAUGGCAAUGGUAGUUAGCGUCUGGCGAGAUCCGCAGGAAGACGUGGCCGGAGGACCUCCGAGCGGCCCCAAUCCAGCAGCUCAGCCGGCGAGGGAGCAACAGCAGGCGGCGUCAGCAGCACCACACACUCCGCAGACCCCCAGUCAGCCAGGACCCCCGUCCACACCAGGGACGGCUGGCGACAAGGGCAGCCAGAAUUCUGGACAGAGUCAGCAGCAUAUAGAAUGUGUUGUUUGCGGGGACAAAUCGAGCGGCAAGCACUAUGGUCAAUUCACCUGCGAAGGAUGCAAAAGUUUCUUCAAGAGGAGUGUCCGAAGGAACUUAACAUAUACAUGUCGUGCCAACAGGAACUGUCCUAUUGACCAACACCAUCGUAAUCAGUGCCAAUAUUGUCGGCUGAAGAAAUGUUUAAAAGUGGGAAUGCGGCGGGAAGCGGUUCAGCGAGGAAGAAUGCCUCCAACCCAACCGAACCCGGGCCAGUACGCGCUAACGAACGGGGAUCCUCUGAACGGUCAUUGCUAUCUCUCCGGAUACAUCUCGUUACUACUUCGAGCCGAGCCUUAUCCUACGUCUCGCUAUGGCAGCCAGUGCAUGCAGCCCAAUAAUAUUAUGGGGAUCGAGAACAUCUGUGAGCUUGCAGCUCGCCUGCUCUUCAGUGCUGUGGAAUGGGCGAGGAACAUCCCUUUCUUUCCCGACCUGCAGAUCACUGACCAGGUGUCCCUGCUCAGACUGACAUGGAGCGAGUUAUUUGUGCUAAACGCGGCUCAAUGCUCCAUGCCCCUACAUGUGGCCCCACUGCUCGCCGCCGCCGGCCUGCACGCCUCGCCUAUGUCGGCGGACCGCGUCGUGGCCUUCAUGGAUCACAUUCGUAUCUUCCAGGAGCAGGUCGAGAAGCUCAAAGCACUUCACGUCGAUUCUGCAGAAUACAGCUGCAUUAAGGCAAUAGUGCUCUUCACGUCAGGUGAGUGUGUGAGACGAGGCCUACUCACAGACAUAAGGGGCAAUGCAUACGGGGUGGAUCAGCUUCGGCAUUGACGCUAUAGCUCACUAGUGGGUCUCGAGCUGACUUUGUACUGUAAAAUCUCUUA